CACUUUCAUUCAAUGAUGUGGCUGUGGGUUUCACCUGGGAGGAGUGGCAGCUACUAGACCCUAUUCAGAAGAACCUGUACCAAGAUGUGAUGAUGGAAAAUUUCAGCAACCUGGUAUCAGUAGGGUAUCAAGUUACAAAAGCAGAUGCAUUUUUCCAGUUGAAGCAAGGAAAACCAUGGAUAAUAGAGGAAGAAAUCCAGAGUCAGUUCCAUCUAGAAGAUGUCUGGCAAGAUAAUAAUCAUACAGAUGGACAUCAAGAAAACCAAAGCAACCUUGAAUCUAUGAAGAAUCACCACAGAUAUCAUACAUUUGGGAAAAUAAUGUCUCAUCUGAGCUCAAACUUUCAUGUCUCUUUAGCUCAAAGAGCUCAUACAUUCAAAACACUGAGGAAACAUCUGAAACCUAAUUUAGAGUACAUUAUUCAAAAUAGAAGCAAUGUAAGAAAUGAAAAUGAAUUUACUGGUUAUGACAAUUUUUUUCUUUAUACUGAGUGUGAGAAAAUUCAUACUGGAGAGCAAUAUAGAGCUAAUGAUGCAUGUGAGAAGGCAUUCAGCCACAAUUCAAAACUCAAUAAACAUUGGAAAACUCAAACAGAAGAGAAAAACUAUGACUGCAGUGAGUAUGGGAAGGCCUUUUCCCAAAAGUCAGACCUCAUGAAGCAUCAAAGAACACACACAGGAGAGAAAUCCUAUGGACGCAGUAAAUGUCAGAAAGCCUUCAGCCAGAAGUCCCAGCUCAUUUUACACCAGAGAACCCAUACAGGAGAGAAAGUUUAUGAGUGCCAGAAAUGUGGGAAAACUUUUACUGAUAAGUCAUGCCUUAAUAAACAUCAAAGAACUCACAGAACAGAAAAACGCUUUGAAUGUCAUAUAUGUCGGAAAGGAUUCCGUGAUAAGUCACAACUCACUUUACAUCAAAGAGUUCAUACAGGAGAGAAACCCUAUAGUUGUGGCAAAUGUCAGAAAAGCUUCAGCAGUAAGUCACAGCUUACUGUUCAUCAGAGAGUUCACACAGGAGAGAAGCCCUAUGGUUGCGAUGAAUGUGGGAAGACAUUCCCCCUUAAGUUUAGCCUUAUUUUACAUCAAAAGACCCACACAGGGGAAAAACCUUAUGGAUGUAAUGAAUGUGGGAAAGCUUUCAUCCAGAGAUUUGAGCUCAGAAGACACCAGAGAACUCACACAGGCGAGAAGCCUUAUCAUUGCAGUGAAUGUGGAAAGGGCUUUAGUGUAAAGUCACUCCUCAAUACCCACUGGAGAACUCAUACGGGAGAGAAACCCUAUGAAUGCAAUGAAUGUGGGAAAACAUUCUCCAUCAAGUUUAGUCUCAUUUUACACCAAAGAACUCAUACAGGAGAGAAACCCUAUGAGUGUAGUCAGUGUCAGAAGGCUUUCACCCAGAAGUCACACCUGACUAUUCAUCAGAGGUCUCACACAGGAGAGAAACCUUAUGAGUGCAGUGAAUGCCACAAAGCUUUCAGCCGGAAGUCUUAUCUCCUUACCCAUCAAAGGAUUCACUCAGGAGAGAAACCUUAUGAAUGCCUUGAAU